AUGGAUGGCCACAAAGCCAACAUUGUUCAUGUGCUGCUGAGAACAAACUUAGUCAACUUACCUUCAAGACUAGGCAACCUUCUUGCCAAUGCAAACAUCAAGGUACAAGACGUGAUUGUGGAAAUUGUUUGUAAGGGCAAAAGCAGUUACACUGGCUGGUCUGGUUGGAAUGCCACGAGUAUUAAUUCCCUUGAAAUCGACUCGAUUUUGGCCAAGAGUUUGUCUUUGGCUGAGACAGAGCCGGUGGUGAUCAACUUGAAGGUUAACAACUUUGAGACUCGUCAGGUCAACUUGGAGCCAGUUACUUCUUCUGAUUGGGAGCUUGUGGAACUACAUGCACAAACUUUGGAAGACAAGCUUUUAUCGCAAACUCGAUGCGUUUCGUUGAACCAGGUUCUUGUAGUGUACCCAAGCCUGACGACUUCGGCCAAUUUGGUGGUGACCGACAUCGGAACUAAAUCUGUCAACUUCGCUAAGCUUUCCCCAGAAUGUGAGGUUGCAAUUGCACCAAAACCACGUGUGAAAAAGAGGUCUGGGUCGGUAAAGUCAGCUAAAUCGUCACGAACAGACAAGUCUGGUGAUGACUAUAUGAAUCUUCCGUCGGUGUUGAAGAGAUCCAUCCCUCUUCCUCAUCAAUUGUACGCAGACUUACCUGAAUACGCUGACACAAACGGCUAUGAAGUGUAUGUGAACUUCAAAGAGGUGGCAGGAAUAUUGAAGCGGGCAGAGUACGUGGCGGUGUCUGUUAUACCAGGUCCAAACUCCAAGAAGAACCAUACACCAAAACAAGAGAAGUCUUCUCCAAAUCUACCAGGCUCAUCUGAGAAAGAAGCUAAGGAAACGGUUCCUUUAGAGGAAAACAAAAGAGUAGUGGCCCGUCUUGUCAACUAUCCAAAAUCUCCUGCUAAUCAUGUGGGAGUGUCGCGGAAGUUGGCGGUAGCCUUGUCGGUUGAGUCCAAUUUGGGGAGCAUUUUGGUGUUGAAACCGUCUAUUAAACAAACCCAGAAAUUACCCUCUACAUUCACGAUCUACCCCUACAUCACACAGUCAAAGAAAUCCAACCAGGUCAACAUCAACUCAUCCGAGAAGAAGGAAAAGGCUUCGAAAUUGGCGAAAGCCAUUGAGUCAAUUUUGCUCAGUCAAGAUUCUUCCCUAUACAAAUCUCCCAUCACUAACUUCACAAAAUUACCCAUAAUUCCCAAUAUUUUGCCUAAUGGUGGGAUGUUGAAGUUUAAGAGAAAUGAUGAUUUAAACGCUUGGAUCAAGCCAUUGCACGGAUCCGACAAGAAAGGUCCUUCCAUCGAGAUUGAUGAGGAGUUGCUUCGUGCUGCUUCUUUCAUCGAGGAAACAAAAGUUGAAAAGCCCUUAUCUGAUGCGAUUGGCUUUGAGUCUAUGAUACAAGAAACUGUUGAACAUAUAAUUAUCGAUAACAAUUCUGGGAUCUUGGUCCAUGGGAAUAGUGGAAGUGGGAAGACUCUUGUACUCAAGCACAUCUCACAGCAGCUUGAGAAUCUACACGGGUAUCACUGUAAAUUCAUAUCCUGUGAGUCUAUAAUGAACGAAAACUUCAAUCUGUUAAGCACCAGUCACUUCAAUAGGUGGCUUCAAGAAUGUACUUGGUACAAGCCGUCGGUGUUAAUUUUGGACAACCUUGAUAAGCUUAUUGGUGCUGAAGUGGAACAUGUAGACUCCUCCAACUCCAAGAACUUGGCGGAAUUCUUGGUGUCUCAAGUGCAGAAGAUUCACUGUCAACCAAAUUGCAACUUUUCGAUCUUAGCAUCUUCGUCUUCCAAAGAAUCAUUAAAUGGAUUCUUGUUUCUGUCUCAUUUGAUUGAGAACAUCCUUCAUCUUUCACCUCCAGACAAAACCACACGUUCCAAAUUGAUUGAACACUAUUUCAAUAACGACUUGGGAUGCAAAAUCGGGUUUGACGUGAUGGAAAUGGUGGCAGAAACUGAGGGAUACUUGCCCAAUGAUUUGAAAACGUUGUGUGACCGGAUUUAUCACGAAUCAUUGUUCAAUCAAUCGUCUGCAAUUCUCGAUGACGAAGUUUCUAUUACUAUGGAGGAUUUUGAGAAAGCUUUACAAGGAUAUACUCCAUUGAACUUAAGGGGGGUAAAGUUACAAAAGUCAUCUAUUAACUGGUCUGACAUUGGAGGGUUGAAAGAAGCCAAAAACAUAUUGUUGGAAACCUUAGAAUGGCCCACCAAAUAUGCUCCUAUCUUUGCUAACUGUCCUUUGAGACUCAGAUCGGGAAUUUUACUUUACGGUUAUCCAGGUUGUGGAAAAACAUUAUUGGCAAGUGCCGUUGCCGGUCAAUGUGGUUUGAACUUUAUCUCCAUCAAAGGACCCGAGAUCUUGAAUAAGUAUAUUGGUGCUUCGGAACAGUCUGUAAGAGAGUUGUUUGAAAGAGCACAAGCUGCCAAGCCGUGCAUUUUGUUCUUUGAUGAAUUCGAUUCCAUUGCCCCCAAGAGAGGACACGACUCCACCGGUGUAACUGAUAGAGUGGUUAAUCAGAUGUUGACACAAAUGGAUGGUGCAGAAGGAUUAGAUGGUGUCUACGUGUUGGCAGCUACCAGUAGACCCGAUUUGAUCGAUUCAGCAUUAUUACGUCCCGGGAGAUUGGAUAAGAGUGUAAUUUGCAGCAUGCCAGACUACAACGACAGAUUGGAUAUUCUUGAAAGCAUCACCGCUAAAAUGGACUUAGAAAAUGGUAUUGAUUUGAAGGAGAUUGCCUUACAGACAGAAGGGUUCAGUGGUGCGGAUAUGCAAGGGUUGGGAUACAACGCGUACUUGAAAGCGGUUCACGUCAAGCUUUCGCAAGACGAAAGUUUGGAGCAAAUGGAGUCCAACACUCCUAAUAGCCAAGAACUCGACUUUUUUAAGGUAAACUCUGAAAAGUUGAAGAACGCCAAAAUGAGACCAGCUGAUAGGCUAAAGAUUUUACAACAAAUUGAGGAGCUAUUUGGAAACUCUAAGGAGAACAUGGACUUGAAGGAGAAAAAGAAAAACAGUCCACUGUCAGUGGUACUGAUUUCCCAUGAAAAUUUUGUCGAGUCUUUGAAGGAGACCAAACCAUCCAUUUCUGUCAAGGAAAAGCUCAAACUCGAUAUGAUCUACCACGAAUUCGUUUCAGGAAGAGACGGAAAUAUGCCUGAUGGUUCGGCUAGCAACGAUAUUGGUGGAAGAACUACUCUUAUGUAA